CUUCUGAUGAGUAAUUAUAAUAUUUUAUUAGUCUGAAAAAUGAAAAUAUUCCUAAAUACUUUUCAGACUCAAGACAGUCCACGUGGCAUGUUUUACCCAGCGGGGCCCACAGGGGGCGCCCUCCCGUUCCUCGCAGAGGAUUGUGGGUCGGAGGCAACGGCGAAGCAUCAUCAUCAUCAUCAUCAUCCCACCGGGACUGUAACGCCGUUUGUCCGCGCUGAAGUGCCUUAACAGCGGAGAGAGAUGGGACACGGAGACCUGAUGAGCCAGGCGGAGGAUGUGGCGGACCAGUUCCUCCGGGUCACCAAACACUACCUCCCCCACGUGGCCCGGCUCUGCCUGGUCAGCACCUUCCUGGAGGACGGGGUGAGGAUGUGGUUCCAGUGGGGGGAGCAGAGCGAGUACAUCGACUCCACCUGGAACUGCGGACGCUUCCUCGCCAACACCUUCGUCCUGAUCAACCUGCUGGGACAGCUGGGAGGCUGUGUGCUGAUCCUCAGCAGAAACUUUGUUCAGAACGCCUGUUUCGCUCUGUUCGGGAUCAUCGCCAUGCAGACUGUGGCCUACAGCAUCCUGUGGGACCUCAAGUUCUUAAUGAGGAACCUGGCGUUGGGGGGAGGUCUCCUCCUCCUCCUGGCUGAGUGCAGGGGGGAGGCUCGCAGCGUGUUCGCGGGAGUCCCCUCCCUCGGUCAUCAGAGUUCUCCAAAGCACCUCCUGCAGCUCGGAGGUCGAGUCCUCCUCGUCCUCAUGUUCAUGACGCUGCUGCACUUUGACCUCAGCCUGUUCAGUAUCCUGCAGAACCUGGUGGGCACAGCGCUGAUGGUCCUGGUGGCUGUGGGCUUCAAGACGAAGCUGGCGGCUCUGACUCUGGUGGCCUGGCUGCUCUGCAUCAACUUCACCUUCAACGCCUUCUGGACCAUCCCGUCGUACAAACCCAUGCACGACUUCCUCAAGUACGACUUCUUCCAGACCACGUCGGUGAUCGGAGGCCUGCUGCUGGUGGUGGCCCUGGGGCCCGGGGGGGUCUCUAUGGAUGAGAAGAAGAAGGAGUGGUGAGGGGGGAGGAGGAGGAGGAGGAGGAGGAGGAGGGGUGACACUGGGAGGAAGAACUGAUGCUAAAAAGAGCAGGAGGAGGAAGAAAAGACUGAUGAAAGAUAAGUCAGUGUAACAUCUGUUUAUUCUGUUUCUUCACUCAACCUGGAAAAUUAAAAACAUUCAAGGUUUCAUUUUUCUGUUUUUAUGGAUCAGAAUCCAGCUUUAAAGUGACGCUCCUAAUCAGAUGAUGUUGAAGUGAAGUGCUUCAACCCUGAAGAUCAACAGUCAGAACAGAGUCUUGUGCAGUGAAAACACAGCGCCCUUCCUGCAGAAGAGGACAGGUUAUAAAGUUUGAUGGCUGCUGGUAGAAAAGACUUCCUGUGGCGUUCUGUGCUGGUCCUUGCUGGUCUCAGUUGACCACUGAAGGUGCUCCGGUAUGCUUGAGUCUGUUAGCGUCAGCUGCCUUUACCCCCGACUGACUGCAGUUGUGGACGUAUUUUUUAGGAUGUUUGUGGGACAGUUUGAGGUCCUGUUGGGGAGGAGGGCAGUCUGUGAUGCCUUCAUUCACGGUGCAAAAGCUCUGAAAAAUCAAUCCUUUCGAUUUUUCAGAUUCAUUGUGUGUAAGAAGUACUCACAGAGAACAGGUUCAAGAGAAUUUGAUCAAAUCUGACUCUUUGAAUCUUUUAAAGUUUGUCUGGAUCAAAAAUACCUGCUCGUUCUGUCUGGUUUAUAUCCAGAAACUUUACUGAAUAAAAUGAUUUCGUUGUUUGUCGUUGAAAUCAGACCCAGAGAGUUCAGAGUGAUGCUGAACUGUAGAUCAGUUAAAAAGACUUUGCUCAUCUCUGAUAUCCAGGAAACUGACGCAAAUAUCAAGAAUCAGAAACACAGUUUGGUGUUUGUUACAGCCACAGCACUUCCUGCUCCGGAAGAAGAGGAUCAUGGGUAAUAAGCACUGUUGGGCUGUGUUUCAGUCGGAGGUUUUUAUUUUCUCCUCAUGAAAACCACUGAACCGCUCAAACUGAGAGCAACAACAGAGUUAAUGACCACUCCUGCCUGCAGGGGGCGCUGCUGCUCUGUGAAGCGUUAAAAGAUGAAAAAAGAAACAAAGAAAUCUUGAAUGAUUUUUGAUCAUUUUUCCAGAUGAAGCAGACUCACCUCCUUCUCUCUCUCUCUAUUUAUUUCCAUUUUCACACUCUUCUCCCUCCUUUUGUGUUCAGAGCAACCAAUCACCUUGAUGUGUGUGUGUGUGUGUGUUUGUGUGUGUUGUAUGAAUGUGUUUUAUAACAUUGUGUGAUUUUUACAGACAGAAACAUGUCAUCCUCCUCCAUCACUUCACAUCUAAAACAUCAGAAAUCUGCUUUUUGUUUUUGUUUUUAAGAGACUGUAAUAACUGAAAUUGUCCAGCAGGUGGGAGGAGUUUACUUGUAGGUGGGAGGAGUUUACCUGUAGGUGGGAGGAGUUUACUUGUAGGUGGGAGGAGUUUACCUGCUGCAGCUGCUUCAUUAUUCGUCUGUUUCACGCACAAACCAAACAUGUUUCUGAAGUUUUAAAAUCAGAUUUUAUUUUCUGUCUCGUCUGUGACAAAGUGAAAUAAUUUUCUAUGACGUGUUUUUGUAGAAGAUGUUUAAUAAAUCAGUUCAGCAUUGUCAA